CCAAAUUGUCUCUCAUAGAGCGAAAGCGAACAUCGGUAACAUCCUCCUGUAGCUGUUUAUUUUGUUUUUGCAAAUUUUUGUUACAGUCUGACAAAACUUUUAACUCACCCUGUAUUUUUUUAAGUUUUCCUCGUGUGUCACUUUUUUUCAACACAUCAUCAAUCUAGGAUUACUGGAAGGGGUCUUGAUCGUACCAAACGGGUUCGUAUGCACACUGCUGAUAUAUAAAUGCUGGUGCAUUAGGAUUCAUACUAGGUUUCUGAUCACUGGAUAAAGUUUUAACUCAGGAAGAAACACUGCUUUGGACCGAGACCACCCACUCGGAUAUUAUGAAAAAAUAUUUAAAGAUCGGACAAGCAAUAUGUAAGACUGAUACAGGAUCGAAAAAUGCGCCGCAAAAUAUGGAGCAGAAUUUGGCUUGAGGAGUUAAGCCAAAUGAUGCUGUUCGUUUUCAUUAGUUGGACGUUAACAUCUUUCGCAUGCCAUUACUGUGCGAAACUAUUUCUCAAAGAAUCGACAUCGUUUAUUCAUGGAAGUGAAUUCAACGUGAUUGUUUUAACUGUACUACAAGUAUUCCUCUACAUGCAAGUAGCAUCAUUUACGGGUGAUACAAAUAAAGGAAUUAUGGUUCAUAAGCUUGUCAUUUUUACUGCUCACGCAUGCGCGACUUUAGCAACAAACUGGAGCAUGGCUGUUACAUAUGCAGCAUCUACAUUUGCUGUUAAACUCAUGGAACCUAUAACCAGUGUUCUAUUACAAAAAUUAAUUCUUAAAAUCAAAUUAUCAUAUCUACAAUGGACCAGUAUUCCAGCUGUUGUUGUUGGUGCAAUAUUAUUUGCACAAGAAAAUGAUACAUGGAAGAUAAAUGUUUCCCAUGGAACUGUUCUGGCGUUUAUAUCUAAUAUAUGUUUAUCGCUGAGGAAUGUUUACAUGAAAAAGAAUCAUAUAUCGAAUUCUAAUUUCAAAAUAAACAAAAUCCGUAUUGGAUUAGCAAUUUUCAUUGCUUGUGCCUUAGGAGCAAUUGUUCUUGUCAACAUCGGGACAGCACCCUCAGGAACCGCAAAAUUAUACUUUCUUCUCGUAGGAUCUUCUUUAUUUCAUGCUAUUUAUAGCUACAUAUCUACAGUAGUUGUACUCUACCAUUUUUCCGUUGUUGGCCAUGCAUUUGGAAACAUUUUGAAAAGGCUAGCUGUUCUUGGUUUGUUGUACAUGACAGGUUCCAAAACAUCGUCAAUCGUAAAUAUAAUUGGACUCUUCAUUUGUGUAAAAGGUCUUGCAAUUUAUGCAUUUUCUAAACUACGAGAGUUGGAUAACAACCCAAUCGGCAAAGAGUCACGUAAAGUAUUGAAAACUGUGAUGAGCUAUAGAGGACAGUUCGUUACAUUAGCUACAAUCCUUUUGUUUAGUCUGACAGGGUAUCAACUCUUCGAGAUACCUAAGACGAAGCUGGGGCUACCGCUACCGAAAUAUACCAUAAAAUAUGCUGAUGAAAAUAAUAAUAGCUAUAGAUCUUUGCGGGAUAAGUUAUCUCUGUCAAAGCCAGCAACAUUCAGCAUCAACGACUUCUUCUCAAAAGAUCUUACAAACAAUCCAGAAGAAACUUAUAAACUUUCUCCAUUGCUUACAAAAAGGUCAGAUGUAAUUGACGAAGCUCAGAGAAUUCACAUGAAUAUUUUCAAGUCCCUGUUGAGCGGGUAUAAAUAUGUAAUGCUGUUCGAUUAUGCUCCCUCGGAAAACAAAGGUGACUCGGCGAUUACUGUUGGAGAAAUGUUGCUGUUGAAAAAGCUCAAGCUUGAAAUUGUGUUUGCAUGUAAAAUUGUUUGUACGGACUCUGAGCUAGACAGAGCUAAUACAAUCAGUACAAAAUAUACAAGUAAAAAUCUUGUCAUUCUUUUCAGAUCCGAUACCGACUUGGCUCCUAAAAGAAUGCAACUUGAAGUAUCACCAUAUCUAACGCAACAUGUUCAACUUUAUCAUUUUACCACCGCCGACGUACCCUCCCACGCAAUUAAGCUUCGAUAG